AUGGCAAGGCAUCAAGAUUCCACUGCAACCGAGGACAUCUCUUCGGUUGUUCUGCGACGAGCCCCAGGAACUGAGCUGCUUUUCGACGAUGGCAAUGCUAGCAAGGCAACGGCCGGCCUCCAGUUCAUUCCACAAGGCGACACACAUAUCCUACUCGUCCCUCAGCCCUCCCUCUUAGACCCAAACGAUCCGCUCCGGUGGUCAACGGUUAAGAAAUGGGGCACUUUUCUCAACGGCGUUGCAUACGCUUUCAUGGGCAGUGUGACCGGCCCUAUCAUGGCUGCCGGCAUGCUCCCGCUUGCCGAGACCUUUGGCGAGAGUCUACAAAAGCUAACGUAUGCAAACGGUGCCACGUUAAUCUGUCAGGGAGUUGGUAAUAUCUUCUGGAUGCCCCUGGCUCUCAAGUUUGGCCGUCGCCCGGUCUACAUGUUUUCAUACGUUCUCAUGGGCAUUGCUUGCGUUUGGCUUGGACUUGCAUCGAACGCCACAUAUGUUUCAUUCAUCACCGGCAGGGCGUUUUUGGGCUUAUUUGAAGCACCCAUCGAAUCUAUCGUCCCUACCACAAUCACAGACAUCUUCUUCCUGCACAAUCGCGGAGAGAAGGUGUCAUUCUAUGGACUCUCAGUCCUUGGUGGCAACGAGCUUGGGCCGUUGUUUUCGGCCCUCAUCAUCCAACGUUACGGAAUGGAUUGGGCUUUCUACAUCGUGGCCAUGUUCAUUUGCCUCAGCUGCAUCUCCAUGUUCUUUUUCAUGCCUGAAACCAAGUACACUGGACCUCGACCUCAAUCGUACCCCGCCGGAACUGAGGUGGAUGAUGAAAAGGUGGGAGUGGAGAGGAUUGAGAAUUCCCGUGAUAACAACAAGGAAGGGUGCGGUGAACGCAUCGAGAGCGCUCCUCAAGGCCCCCCCAAGCGAGGGUUUCUUCGCAAUCUUGCCUUGUGGGAAAAGCCAGAUCCUGAUGUGAGUCUGAGGAACGCCUUCCUGCGACCCUUCAUCCUCGUUACGUAUCCUACUGUGCUCUGGGCGUGCCUUGUUUACGGUGCGUCCCUUGGCUGGAACGUCAUCCUUGGGGCGACGGUUGCUCAACUGUUCGCUGGACAAUACGGCUUCGACUCUCAGGCUCAGGGUCUCGUCUUUCUAUCACCAUUCGUAGGCUCACUGAUUGGAUCUUGGCUUUGCGGAUCUCUGUCCGACUCCAUCGCCAACUACUUCACCAAGAAAAACGAAGGUAUCCGAGAGCCUGAAAUGAGACUCCCUGUCUGCAUUCUCGCCACCAUUUUGACAUUCCUGGGUGCACUCAUGUCGGGCUUGACGUAUCAUUACAAUACGCAUUGGGCUGGCCCUGUGGUUGGCUAUGGAGUUCUCAGUGCUGGUGCACAGGUGGGGGUUUCGUUGUCAAUGAGUUAUGCGCUGGAUUGUCACCGAGAGCUCUCUGUCGAGCUCAUGGUUACAGUAGCGUCACUCAAGUCGCUCAUGGCGUGGGUCUGGACGUGGGUGAUUAAUGAUUGGAUUGACGCCAACGGGAUGCUCACUGUCUUCAUGGUGAUUGCCAGCGUCAAUGUUGCCAUUCACUUGACGACAUUCAUCCUCUAUUUCCGGGGAAAGGGCAUCCGUAUCUGGAUCGCAGAGACGGAUAUGCUGGCACGAUGUGGAUUGAAAUGA